CCCCGCAUGGACACGCCCCUUUUUCUGCUCGCCAGGCUGCAAAUGGCCGCUCCGUACCUCCCUACUCCGAACUUCAACCCAGAGAUCAAAUUUACUCAGAUUUAAAAGAUGGCAUACCUACUGCAAGUCUGCGUGAAAGCGGGUCUGAAUCACCUUAACCCAACGCAGUUCAGCGAUUUUGAAGCAAGGAAGGAAAAAGUGUCAGUUUCCAACCCGGCCAAGUUUUUCCGCGAGCACGGUCGUGACUACCUCGUGUGCUGUGCUGACUUUAAAGACAAGGCACUUGUGUUGGCGAGACCAAAGGACUUGUCUAAAGUUAAGGCAGCUCCAUUCAUAAGAGAGCCCUUGAUGUCGACAGCUGAAGAACUACUCGUGAUACCAUUUUCCCAGUUGGCAGAUGUCGCUACUGAAGUUGCCAAAGACGUUGAACAUGUCACAACUAUUUUCCUCCAUCAUACAAUGCGAUGCGGAUCGACACUGCUGGUCAAAGCUCUACAAGCAAGUGGUGAGAUGCACACGAUUUCUGAAUCCGACGUGCACACCAAUUUCUCACGUUACGCCCUCCAAAAGGAUACAUCUUUGGAUGAGAAGGAAAUGCUCAUGACCGUCAUAAGACACACCAACACUCUUUUCAACUACUCCCUGUUACAGGACGAUCCUUCCAAAACAAUAACCUGUUACAAAUUGCGUGGCCAGGUUCUUCCCAUUGCAGACCUGUUGCAAACCGCAUUGCCAAGAGUGAAGAACAUCUUCCUGUAUCGGGACGUCAUCGGAUAUGUGGACUCUAACCUCCAUCUCAUGGCAGAGGGCCGCUAUUGGAAGUACUGGCUCCAAACUGCUCUUAAACGUGAUGUCAAGUAUGUUGAGAACAUAGGUGACAUAGUGUUCCCUGCUCCAUGGGAUGUCCCUGUGUUUACUUCCAUUCCCGUUACCCAUGGUGUCGUCUGGUUCUUUGCCUGUAUUUGGCUCAUGUUUAUGAAAAAAGCAAAUGAGCUGACGAAAGAUGACCCACAUAAAUGUUUCCAUGUGAUACUGAGAUACGAUGAGUUAUGUAGGUAUAAGGAGGGCAUGGUUCUGAAGGUCAUGGAUAUUCUCGGAAUCGGAUGUCGGGAUAAAGAUGCCAAACAUAAAAUACGAAAGGUUUUCGGUGUUGACAGUCAGGCGGGCCAUAGAUUGUCCAGUAGGGGGCCAAGUGGGGGAGGCAGCUGGGUGGGGGAGUGGGAGAUGGGUAUCAUCUUAAAGGUUAUUGAACAUGCUAACAUGGAAAUCCACCAACCAGACUUUGUAAUCAACGGAACUCUUACCCAGAUUUGAAAACAUUCGUAAUUAAAGCUACAGCAAGUUCACAAGAUGGAAAAAAAUAUAAAAUCUGAGGUGUUAUUUGUUAAUACUGCUGCCUUUAAUUCUUAUCAUCCUAAUGCUAACGUAUUUGACAAGGUGCAGAUAAAACAGGAUAUAAUUAUGCAUACUUAGAUAACUAUAUCAAUGUCCAAAUUCAGAUAUUAAUGAUCGAGGUUGACUCUGGAUUUUUUAUGUAUUUUACUUUGAGCAUGAACGCUUGGCUACCUAAAAGAUUGAUAUGUAUUGAAUAGAUAGAUCUUACAUCAGCUUGUUUACGCUACAAUGUACACAAAAAAUCUGUAGACAUUUCCAACAGAAAUAUGAAGGUCUAUUUAUCAUGUAAAAGGUACUGUGACAUCCUCAAUUGUAGCAAAUGUAACUGAACAUUCCACCCAAAUUUACUGCAAAAUAAGAAAAAAAAUGCUAAAAUUGAUUAGGCCAAAACAGGUAAAUUUUAUGGAUAAUUUUCUUUGCAGAUUACAAAAAUGAUUUGAUAGGGCAAAAAUAAGAUGGUAACAAGAUGGUUUGAUUUUCAAAAUAGACACCAUGAAUUCAUUCCUGUAUUCAAGAUGUGCACUGGUGUAGUAAAAGUGACAAUAAUGUGGUAGAUUGGUAUCACUUACAAAAUUGAUAACUACGUACAUGCACCCAUGGUUUCCAUAUUGUUGCCACUUUACAGCUAUCCAACAACUUUUACUUCUACUACUACAGUCAUGGCUACCAUGGUAGUGUCCGUACUACAUGUAUAUCAUCAGGCUACAUAUUUGCUCAUUUAGUGAUUUUUCGUCAUGUUGACCAUCUCCAAAGAAGAAAAAUUCUGUAUGAGUAAACGAAAGACACACGGUA